UCCAUACUUAAUAAAAAAAAAAAAUAUCAGAGUAUUCUAAUUUCAAAAAAUUCAUCAAAUGAGAAUAUUGGAAUUAUUGAGCAUGAAGAAGGAUAUUCAAUUGACAGUUUUAAUGUAAUAAGACAUAAAGAAUGCUCAUUAAUAUGUUUGGAACUCCGUUGUUUUUCCUGCACAAUCUGCCGCGCUAGCUUGCAUGCGAUGGAAUCUAAGAGGAAGAGUUUUGAAGACAAGUUUUUAGUUUCAGUUUCAGGUAAAAUAAAUGAUCACUAUAUGUGUAAGUCAGAAUUAUUAACAAAACUGAAACUUCUUGAAAAAGAAAGGAAAACUAUUUAUGCAAAACAUCAACAUUUACAAAAUAAGCCAGAGAUAUCUAUAAAAGAAGAAGGUAUUGUUCUUCAAGAAGAUGAACACAAUAUUAUUGUAGAAACAUAUAGAAAAUAUGGAAAUGAAAACCCAUUCACAGAAGACUCCCCUCAAUCACUUUUGUGGCAGCAACAAAAAAUGCAAUUAGAAUUUAAAGAUAGGAGGUCUAUGAAGUGGCAUCCACUAAUUAUAAGAUGUUGCAUUAGUUUGUAUCUGAAAUCUCCAAGAGCUUAUCGCCAUAUUUGUUCAACACCAUUUUUAAAUCUACCAUGCAAAAGUACCAUCCAAAAGUAUAUCAACUUCACUGAUCUAGGUUGUGGUUUCAAUAAAGAUGUGUUAUCCAACUUAGCAAUAAAGAUUGACUUACCAAAUAUAAAAGACCACCAAAGGCAUGUUUCAAUUAUUUUUGAUGAAAUGAAAAUUAAAAGUGGGCUUGCUUUUAGCUCAUCGACUGGUAAAAUGGUUUGGUUUACAGAAAUCGGAUCAAUCAAUGAACUACUAGUUGAAUUUGAAAAUAAAUACUCGGAAAGCAAAGAAAAAAGUCAAGUGGAAGAUCCAACAGAUAGACCAGUGGCAUCAUAUGUGACUGUUUUAAUGGUAAGGGGUAUAACAUCAUCUUUGAAAUAUGUAUUUAGGCAUUUCGCUUCUCAUGGUGGCCUUAUGAGUAGUCAAUUAUAUUUCACAAUAUGGGAAGGUGUGAGACAAUUAGAGUCAAUUGGUUUAAAGGUGAUAGCUAUUGCAGCUGAUGGUGCAUCCCCUAAUAGAAAAUUUAUGCGCCUUCAUGCGUGGAAUACAAAGAAAAAUACCAAAGAUGGGGUAAUUUACUGGACAUGGAACGAGUUUUGUCUUCAAAGAAAGAUCUUUUUUAUUUGUGAUGUACCUCAUCUCAUAAAAACAACUAGAAACAACUUGGAAAAUUCUCAUGGAAAUUCGUUAACUAAAAAUCUCAUGAUUGACGGUCAGCAGCUUGGCUGGUAUCAAAUAAUUAGCUUAUAUGAGUGGGACCUUGGACUAGGGAGAGAUGCAGUAGGUUUGACAAUGGGACAUAAGUUAAGCGAAGAGCACAUAAGUCUUAAUCCAAGAACACGUAUGAGAGUAAAUUUAGCAGCACAGGUCAGUAGUUAACAAGUUUUCAUCAUAAAAGUUAUUCUCAAUGAAUUAGAAUUCAUUGCUUUUUAUUUUUUUAUGAUAUAUAGGUAGUUAAAUAAGGCCCUUAGAGUAAUCCUGAGGUUCUUUAAGUGAGCCAAAUAGUGUCAGUUACCACUGACAUUUAUGAUUUCCUAAUUCCAAAUAUAAUUUCUAAUAUAAUAUAAAUGUUUAUCGAUUUAAACCAAAAAGAUUGGGUUAAAAAAUAUAUAAUAUUUCUCAAAAAGUUGUAGGUUAACAUUUUCUCAAUAAUUGUUAAAACUUUUCCCCGCAUAUAUUUUUAUGUAUUAUAAAAUAAUUACAUCCUAAUCGAAUAUAAACAUAUAU